AUGGCACGUCUGAGUCGCGGAUGUCUCCGCUGCAGACAGCGUCGCGUUCGCUGCGACGAAGGCCGGCCCUCAUGCCAGCGAUGCAUCAAUCGCAAUGAAGCCUGCGAGGGCUAUCGAGACGAGGCUUCUAGCAUUUUCCGGCACGAGACCGACAAAGUGAUCGAGCAUGCACGCGCGUUACAAGCGCUGUCGCCGCCCAGCUCGAAGGCCUCUUCGCAACCGUCGGCGAGGAAACGCAGCAGAUCUGUCGAUGCAGCUUCUCCUUCUCGGCGGUCUUCUUCGGUGCCGGGCCAGGAUGCAGAUCCCUCAGCGCUGGCUCCUGGAGAGACCGCUGAUAUCAAGCUCAGGAACCCGCGUCCCUGGCUUAUUAAAGAACUGCCGUCCGAGACGAUGCCUCCCGUAGAAGAACAAGCCGUCGAUAGUUUCAUGGAGAAGUAUGUCAUUUAUCCAUGCAAACAGACAUCGUCUCCUGGGUUCCUGGAGCAUUUACCAUGCAUGUUCCAGGAGGUCAACGUCAAUGGGCGGUACGCUUUGCGAUGGGCCGUACGAGCUGCUGCAUAUGCCGAUCUUUCAAAAGACCAAGAUAGUGACAUACUUGCGAGGAAGGCACUGCAGUGCUACGGCAUGGCGCUGUCUGCCCUGGGAGACUCGCUUGCUACGCCGGGGAAAGCCCCAGAUGAUUAUGACCUGAUGACCGUAGUUGUUCUUGACAUCUUUGAGACUCUAUAUAUUCCCAAAGAAGCCGCCAAAGGAUCACAUGCUCAAGGAAUGGUGCAAAUCCUCCGAUUGCGAGGCUCAGACUUGGUUUAUAACUCACGAGGCUGGAGUCUUUUCCGACUUGCCCAUCACAGGAUCCAAAAACAGCAAUUGUCCUUUAACGUGCCUCCCAUUCCGGAUACGAUAAACUGGCUAAAUCAGCUCAAUGAGAAUGAACCUUAUGUCCGUCUUGAGAAGAACGCGAAUGCAAUUAGCGAUACAUGCAAGCGCGCGAGAAUGCUCCUAGAUCUAAUCAAUGUUGUAGGCUUGCCGGCGUCCACUAUCGUCGACAUGAUCAAGGAGCUGCACUCACUUGACCAAUCAGCAGUUAGCUGGCGGCAGACAUCAAAAUGGUCUUUCAAGAACCUGACAGUGUCGGAAAGGCCGGAUCUUGAACCCGCAACAUGCGGGAUCACGGGCACGAUCCAACUACAUCCCGAUAUCUGGAUGGCCUACGAAUGGAACUACCACAGAGCAGCGCGCAUCAUCUUCUUAGAGCAACUUCUAAAAUGCUCAAAGGCCGCGCUGGAGACCCCAGACCUAGAUAACGUGGAAGAGAAAACGCUGACUGACACCAUCGCCGAGUGCACCUCGACGAUCCAAUGGCUCGCAGACGAAGUUCUCUCGACCGUCCCCCAGUCUUUCGGGGAUGUCGAUCACAUGGGCCGGGCACACGACAUCAUGGAUGGCCUGCCUCGCUGCCGUGCAAUCGGCGGGUACCUGCUUCUUUGGCCGAUAAAGAUCACCAAGGGUCAACCAUUUGCGACGACACUGGAGCAAAAGGAACGUGCGUGGAAACUACACUUGGCGACAAGAGCAUCAUAUGACCCUAUCCAGCACCCGGCUCUAUUAGAACAUAGUACACAAACCCAAGUUCAGAAAUUCAUUGGGAAGUAUAGGCCCGGCCUCGCCUCAUUUCUUCAAGGCCGUCUCCUCCAGCUCCGUCCCAUCAGCCAGCUUAACCUUCUCAGCGCCGACCAUGACGAACAUGGUCCGGCAGAUCUCGUCGGUGCGGUUGAUCCACUGGUGGUUAGCGCCGCCCUGGAUAAUGUACUCGCCAGGGCGCACCGUCUUCUCGUCGCCGUUGUCGAGCCUGAGGACGAUCUCGCCACUCAGGACGACGGCGUAGUCGACGCUCAGCGUUCGGUGCAUCGGAACCGUGAAGUUGCCGGCGAUGUUAGUGAUGCCAAAGCUGACGCCGCUGGGCGGGCACCGCGGCAGCUCCGCAGCGUACUCCCCCGUCGCCUCCUGGUUGUUCACCGGCACCGCCCCGCGCCUGUCGAACACGGCGAAGGACGAGCCUGUGGGCCCGAAGGGCCGGAACAGCGGGACCUCUCUGUCUGCGCCGAAGAUCGACGUCCCGUCCGCUGCGUGCGUCGUCACGACCACCCGCGGGUUCGAGCUGGCCGAGGGCAUGGCCCUGGUAGGGGCAGGGUUGGGAGCGGCGCUGGUGGAGGUGUUGGAAGACAUCUUGGAAGCUGGUCGAGAGGUGUCCUGGGUGUGGUAGAAGCACUUGAAAGCCUUGAAGGCUUGGGUUUGCUGGCUGUUCUUGGUCUGAUUCUGGUCCAGAAUGCGGUUGGCUCUUCGCGAGCAAGCGAGGAAUCCGUCUCUUAUCAUCUUGGUCCUGGGUCUCGUGCAUCCUACCGCAAUGAGGUUGACUGCGAGAUUCCUUUAUCUGAGGGGGAACAAUAUAUAUUGAAGAUUGGGACUCUUUCAGAACGAAAUGCAAAUUGUCAGCUCUGCCGCUUCUUCACGGACGCUAUCCAUAGUCAAACAAGCUUGUUCUUUGGGCUUAGUAGUGCGACGCUGGAUAGCCGACAAAUACACCUUUCCAUCGAAAAGCCACGGCCUGCUCUCCAAUGGCAAUUGGAAAAUGAUAUUUUCUAUUCAGGAAUCGUCCAGCAGGGCUCGUCCGAUAGAAUAGAUCCAAACGGGGGCUUUAAAGAGUUCGUAGACUGGGGCCAAAUUCGAAGCUGGGUCCCCCCACAAUCUGUCCAAGCAUAUGAUUCUGAUCCGAGUAAUUUCAACUUUCCUCGACUGCACCCGGUAAAGAACUUCAAAGUAAUUGACAUUUCAAAAUCAUGCAUCGUCGACGCUCCACAAUCUUGUGAGUAUGUCGCGCUUAGUUAUGUUUGGGGCAAAGAAUUCCAUGGCCGUUGCCAAGCUACAUUGAGUAAUAUCGAGGCGCUUGAAGCUCCCGGUGGGCUUAAGUCAAUUGAUCACCCUGCUACUCUAUCAGAUGCACUAGAGACUUGCGCAAAUCUCGGACACCAAUAUCUAUGGAUUGACGCCCUUUGCAUCAUUCAGGACGAUAUCGACAAUAAGCAGCACCAAAUCAAUCACAUGGGCCGAAUCUAUCAGGGCGCUAUCUUUUGCAUUAUCGCAGCUGCGGGGCAUGAUGUAACGUAUGGACUGCCUGGUGUCUCUCAACGCCGCGCUUGGAAUGGAGUAGAAGGCGACGUUUACGAUAUGAAGCUUUCGGCGCGCCUCCAUAGCGUUCCGCAGUGUAUACUGGCAAGCAAAUGGAGCACACGGGCAUGGACAUUCCAGGAGUCAAUGCUCUCAAAACGACUCAUGUUUUUUACAGACUUUGGCGUAUUCUACUAUGACCGCGAGGCCAAUAGCGAAAGGUACCUUGUGGAACAAACGACCUGCUUCGAUAGCAUGGCAUCCGACCAGUUUUACAUGUCUCAUGAUCACCAAACCAUGUUAGUAGCAUACACCGGCCGACAACUGUCUUUUGACGAAGAUAUUCUCAAGGCAUUUUCCGGCGUAUUGAAUUGGAAGUUCAAGGGUGCCACUACCUACGGCCUGCCUUGUGAGGCCUUUGACCGGUCUAUACUAUGGGAGACAGACAAUUACAUGAGCGCAAGUCGAACCUCGAAACCCGAGUCUUUAUUCCCAUCGUGGUCAUGGGCCUCGGCCUUUGGCACAGUUCGAUUUCCGGAUGGCUACGGCAUCGCUUUUUGGGCAACUGUUAUACCAUCACCAGGCUCAAAUGGAACAUUGACGUACAUGGUACCCUCCCCUGAACAUCAAACUGGCCACGGUGCUUUCGACUCGCGCGGCUUCGGCAUCUCAUGUGGAGUUGCUUGGUCCCAUGGUUGCAUUGCAACGCAACAUUCUGAUGAUCUUACAUUCGACUGUUCGGCCAAGGAAUAUAAAAAGCGACUACAGGCAAAAUGGAAGUUAUAUACAGAUUACUGGAUAGACGCCUUCGGAUCGUUCCUCGCUGAUCAUCCCUUCUCAGAAACCGACAUAGAGGCCGCGCAUGUGGCCGGACGCUUACUUGUUUACACUCAGGAGGCGGCCUUUGAGGUAGAAUGGGUCGAUAAGAGCGACACAAAGUUUCCAGGAAAACAGUGCCUACUAAUUCGAAGCAAAGAUGGUAGCCUAGCUGGAAUGAUUAGUCUAGGAUCUCCUCAGAUGGAGAAACUAGGCGCCACCCGACAUAAUCCAACCAGAUUCAUCGCCCUAUCUCUGAGCCUUGAAUCAGUGCCAGAGUUGGAACCCACUGUAUGCUCGAACUGCAACAGUUACUUCGUAUCUGAUUUCGGGCAGGAGUCUACUAGAGGCCACUGCAUGCGGGAGAAUAUCGAAGAUAUGCCGGCCAAUCCAGAAUCUUUGACCCUCAGUUGCUCAUCUGAGUUGAGCGUCCGUAGUCCACUGAAGCGCACGUAUCCACCUGAUAUUUACUAUCUUGACUCAAGUGGAGAUCCAAUACCCGCUUGGAGUCCCAUUAUGAUGAACGUCAUGCUUGUUCAAAGCGUAAAUAGCAACGAGGAUAAAAUUGUGGAACGCCUCGGCGUGGGACAGAUCUACCUCAAGAAAUGGGUACAAGCAGAGCGACGGUUCCAGACUCUUAUCCUUGAAUGA